GUCUUUUACCGCUGACCAUGGGUUGAGGAAAUAACACAAGUAACAACAUGUCGGCGUCGGCGCAUUCAUCGUCUCAAGUCAUUCCAACUCAACCGAGGCUUCAUGGUGCCUGUAUUCUUCCCGGACACAUUCUUGUCAAUGAAAGAUUUCAUGGGAGUGAAGUUGUGAAAACCCUUCAAGAAAAUCAUGUGAAUAUUCAAAUGGAUGACUGCAUGGGAGUGGUCGAUUUCAACCCAUCUUCAGAUGUUGGUGUGGUGUAUCUCUCUGAGGCAGAUUUAGUGGGUGGAUACACUUACAAAGGGAAACUGCUCAAAUUCGCAAAGGCAUCAUUCAGAAAAGUUAUAAUUGCUGAAAAGACAUCACUUAGCUCCCAGUACUUUUAUGAACUUCAGAAGUUCAUUGUAAUCGAGAGAGGGCUGGUACUUCUUCCCAUAGCAUCACCUGUUGAAGCUGGUAGAAUCUUAGCUCAAAUGGCUUUGUUGGAAAGCAAACCCCAAAGCAACCCUUACCGCAUUAGGAUGAAACCGCAACCCACAGAUCAAGCCGUAUUCACAACACUACAGAAUGUACCAGGAGUAGGACAGAAAAAAGCCACGGCCUUAUUGUCCAAAUUCAACAGUAUUGAACAGAUCAGUAAAACAUCAGUUGCUUCUCUUGCUACUGUAGUGGGUAAUGCAAAUGCACAACAAAUAUAAGACUUUUUUCAGCUGCAAAUGCAAGGAAACAAUAGAAGUAGCGUAAUGUAGGUUUCUGAAUAGAACCAGAUCUAAAGGAGUGCUGAAGAAUUUUGUGCCAGUAAAUAUAAUCAGAUACAAUGAAUAUAUUGCAUAAAUAGUGCUAUCUACUGCGAAGGAUCCUGCAUCAUACGUAGUAAAUAUAAUGAUUAUUCUUGUGUGAUCAGUCUUCUUUUUCUCAUAAAAAUUAUCACAACCUGGUUACCCAAGACAAAAUAGACUUAUUUGCAUACAGUAAGUUCAUUCAUAGUUUACAAUUGUGGGAAAGAAAAAAACACUUCAAUAUAGCAGGCUUCAAAGGUUCAAAUGCUUCUCAAACAAUCAUAUUAACAAUUUUCCAAAGAAAAAACUCAAUUUUUUUUAAAAAUAAAUAGAGUUAACAGUAGUGUAUGUUUGUAACCCUGUUAUAAUGAAUAUUCCUUACAUGUAAGUUUGAAAAAUAUAGUAAAGAUUAGGAGGACAAUUUCAUUGGAGAAAUAUCACAUUUUUUAAAUAAAUUAACUAAAACUAAAAUUAUUGCUGCAACAUUAUUUAUUAUAAAAAUAGCUGAAAUGCUAACUGUACUCUCAUUGGUUGAUGGUUGAGUUAAGAUGAGGGUAGGUAAGUUCAAAACAUGGUGAUGUUUGGGUUUGUAGAUAUUUUUGAGUAAAUUGGUAUUUUAUAAAAGCAAUGGAAGACCUUAUGUGUCUCUGUAGCCUUAUCUAAACACUCAGGGAGGCUGAGAGAAUUCCUCUACAUUAACCAAAGCCUCAACAGUGUCUCAUGUUUC